AUGAAACAUCUCCAUCCUCUGUUCUUUUGUCCAACUUGAAUUAGUAACUUUUAUUUAAACGUUUGACAUUACACAUCUUUUGCAUUUGCUUCUACUUUCAUUCCAUAGCUCCUCUCCCCCAGCGCUCCACCGGAAAAUUCACAGCAAUUUUUCCCAGCUAGCAUCACGCAUUCGGCGUUCACUUUCUAAUUACCAAUGUCAACUAAACAACUCUACCGGAAAAUUCACCGUUUAUGCAGUUUCCAAUCCAUAUUUAUAUUAACAAACAAAGCAGCGCCUCCCUUUCCCGUCCCAGUACAAAACUAUCAUCGCCAAACGCACACAAACUCCGACGAAUUCGCUGCAAAUGCUUCUGAGGAGAACUGCGCGUUGAAAGUGCAGACCCUUCUCAAGAUUGAAGCAAAUAAAUCAGUGAGUGACAUAUUUCAAUCCCUUAACCAAUGCAAUUUUACACUAUCCGAAGAUUUCAUUCUUGACGUGCUUAAACGGCACCGUUCUGAUUGGAAACCAGCUUUUACCUUCUUCAAAUGGGUAUUAGCAGGUGGGUAUUCACCAAAGACUGGAUCUUUCAAUGAAAUUCUUGAUAUACUUGGGCGAAUGAGGCGUUUUGAUGAACUCAACCAAGUGCUUGAUGAAAUGUCUAAGAGAGGAAAUUUGGUUAAUGAAAGAACUUAUGGCAUUGUGAUUAAUAGAUAUGCUGCAGCCCAUAAAGUUGAAGAUGCAAUAGAGUUUUUCUAUAAGAGGAAAGAUUUGGGUUUGGAGCUUGAUCUUAUUGCUUUUCAGACGCUUCUCGUUUGUUUGUGUCGAUUCAAGCAUGUUGAAGCUGCUGAAUUCUUGUUUCACAAUAAGAAAAAUGAGUUCAAGCAUGAUAUAAAGAUGCGUAAUAUCAUUCUGAAUGGAUGGUGUGUUUUGGGGAGUUUACGUGAGGCAAAGAGGUUUUGGAAUGAUAUAGUGACUUCAAGGUGUAAGCCGGAUAAGUUUACGUAUGGAAUAUUCAUCAAUUCGCUAUGCAAAUCAGGGAAAAUAAGCACUGCGGUGAAGUUGUUUCAGACAAUGUGGGAAAAAGGGUGUAAGCCGGAUGUGGCAAUUUGCAAUUGUAUUAUUGAUGGAUUGUGUUUCAAGAAGAGAAUUCCUGAAGCUUUGGAUAUUUUCCGGGAAAUGAAUGAGAGAGAUUGUUUGCCUGAUGCCGCCACUUAUAAUUCGUUGAUUAAGCAUUUAUGUAAGAUUAGGCGGAUGGAUAAGGUUUAUGAGCUUUUAGACGAGAUGGAAACUAAGGGAGAGGGUUGUUUGCCAAAUGCUAGAACCUAUGGUUACUUGUUGAAUUCCGCCAAGACGCCUGAGGAAGCUAUUGGGAUUUUGGAAAGGAUGAAUAAAAAUGGAUGUAAAAUGCUUGGAGAUACCUAUAAUUUGCUGUUAAGGUUGUUUAUGAGCUGGGAUAAUCAAGAAAGAGUAAAGAGUACAUGGGAUGAGAUGGAGAGGAGUGGACUAGGACCCGAUCAACGAUCGUAUACAAUUAUGAUUCAUGGUCUUUUUGAAGGGGGAAGAUUAGAGGAUGCUUUGUGUUAUUUCAAUGAGAUGAUUUCAAAGAAUAUGGUGCCAGAGCCAAGGACAAAUUUGUUAGUGGAUGCCAUGAACAUCAAGCUAAAGGAGAAAAGAAAAGAGUUGGAGAAGAAGGAAAUGACAAAAAAGGGAAGGAGGAAUGAGAAUACUAGGUAAGGCCUGCUCCACUAAUUAUGUUAUUUUUGCUUGACGUACUAUUGGCUUGCAUUAGAAUGAUGAGAAAGGCACUUAACAUUUUCUAUGGAAAUGUUAGCAAAUCAAGAUCAACUAGGGGCUUUGAUCACUGCAUGUUGAUGCAAACAUGUUAUCAGCAAACAAUUAACUGGAUGGUGAUAAUUUGGAGUGCACAUUUUGUGUGUAACAAGUUUCCUGCACUCUCAUUUAGGUACCCCUUACAAACAAACUUGGAGAUAUAAAAACUUGAUAACAUUAUUUCUCCAAUCUUUUCAUAUUAUAAUUUAUAGCCAAUGCUGGUCUUCAAUUUGGAAGUUAUAUUCUUUGAGAAACUGCUCCGCAAGUUUUACCUGCCCGAAGUCACUGAAUAAUGACCUGUGGUUCACUUGUCCCCCUUUCUACUCGUUAAUUGUGGAGGAAGCAGAAUAAGCAAUCUUGUCUCACCUUACAUGAUUCGUGGUCAUAACAACAGUGGAAGAUAAGAUGACAGAUUGUAUCAUCUCAAUGAGAUGACAUGUAAGGAGAUUGGUGCUUGGAGCAAGGACAAAAUUCUGGAGGAUGCUGUAAGAAAUUUAUGGGACAAUGAAAGAGGUUUAGGAAACAGAAGAAUGAGAAGUUGAAUAAGAAUGAAAAAGGGUAGGUGAUCCGUGAACGGUGCACUAGAGCUAGUUUUCUACGAUAUCCUGUUUGUUUCAUAAGAAUGUAACCGUCGAUUAAGAAUCUUUGAGGCAUCUCUUUUGAUGUAUUUUCUAAAGCGAAAAGCGUCAUCAGCUUAUUAUAUGCGGUGCCACAAAUAUUGCCCUUCGGUUUUGUUUCAAACACUGGAUUAGAUAGUUGGCUUCACUAUCUAUAAAACAAGUUCCAUUUCAAGGAAUAUUCUCAUCUUUAAUCUUUAUCCACUGAAGGCAUCAGCUUACCGCCCUACAUCCUGUAGCAAUUGUUCUAACUAGACUUCUCUGCUUACUUUGGUAAGUCUGCAUUGAGUUGGUGAGUGCGUAAAUCUCACUACAACUUCUAAAAAACCCUGUUGAGUGUUACUAAUCAGCUAAAACAUUAUGAUGACCUCUAAUCAAUUUUGAGAGCACAUUCUUUGUUUUUGACACUACUGUGUAUAAGCACAUUCUGCUCGUAUGUAGCAGUGUCACCAAAACAUCAAUACGACAACAAGUAUAUCUGGAAAGGAUGCAUUACUCUCCA